AUGGUAUCGCCAACCGGUGGUCCGAUUGAGCCCCCACUCGUCAUGUGCUGGGGUAUCGGUCAGCUCCUCUCAUACUCGGUGCUGCUCACCCUCAAACACUCGACAAACGAGUGGGGAUGGCGUAUCCCCUUUGCGGUCCAAUGGGUUUGGCCUGCCAUUAUUGUUCCAAUGAUCCUCUUUGCGCCCGAAUCGCCCUGGUGGCUCGUACGACACAGUCGUCGUGAGGAUGCCGAGAACAUUCUCAAGCGACUCGCUAGCGGAGGCGUCACCGACGAGCAGAUUCGCCGCAGUGUCGCGCUGAUGGUCGAGACUAACAGACUCGAGGCGAACAUACACGAAGGUGUUGGAUAUCUCGACUGCUUCCGCGGCACCAACCUGUGGCGCACCGAGAUCGCCUGUGCAGCCUGGGCUGCGCAGCUAUGGAGCGGGUUCGUGAUUGCCUCCUACUCAACUUACUUCUUCGAGCUGGCCGGUCUCGCGUCCCAGGAUGCGUACAAGAUGAGCGUCGGUCAAGGUGGUCUUCAUCUGCUCUUCAAUCUUAUCUCCAUCGCCUUUGUCACCAACUUCGGCCGUCGCCGUCUAUACCUUUGCGGUCUCGCCUUCAUGGGUCUCAUUAUGUUCCUGCUGGGCUUCGUCGCCUUGGCACCCGAAAUUCCUGCUGUUGGCUACGCAUCCUCCGCGCUCUUCCUCCUCUGGAACUGUGGUUACCAGCUCACCGUCGGUCCAUCUGCCUAUGUUCUCGUCAGCGAGGUCUCAUCGACGCGCCUGCGUGCCAAAACGGUCGCUCUUGCCAGGAACGCGUAUAAUCUGUCCCUGUUGGUAAAUUACUUCGUGGGCCCUUACAUUCUCAACCCCACUAAGGGUAACUGGAAGGGAAAGACGGGUUUCCUGACCGGUGGCAUGAUAGUUUUCUUUUGGAUUUGGGCCUGGUUCGGUCUCCCUGAGACUAAGAACCGGACUUUUGAGGAGUUGGACAUUCUCUUCUCAAAGAAGGAACUCAAGGCUCGAGACUUCAAGUCGUAUGAGGUGGUAGAAGCGGAUAUCCACGAUGUCAAACUAGGUGCUCUCGCCUGA